UAAACAUCACAUUAUUUUAGUGGGGUUAAGAGUGCUUGAAUUCCAUUCUUUCCCUAAUAUGGAAUUAGAUCUUUGCAGGCUAGACUAUACAAUAGUGGGUCUAACAUCUAGAAAUUGCAUGAAAUUGCUUCCUACAACUUAUUUGAAAGAACCACAAAAGGUAGCUGUUGCCGACAAAGAUGGUAUUCUCCAAGUCUUUAGCAUUAGAAAAGAGGAUAUUUCCUUGGUAUUCAAAACUUUACCUGGAUCUGAAAUUAGCUGUCUGAGACUUGGAGGAGCAAUAGGAACGUCCACAGAUAAAAUCUUUAUAGCUUUGGAUAGUGAAGUACAUGGAUAUACAAGGAAGGGAAAGUUAUUUCUUACUUUUGAUUCAUGUAUGACAGAACCCAUUGUAUCAAUGUUCGUGUUGGAAAAUGAUCUUUUUCUUUGCGGGAAUCAUAUAUACAAUCACUACAGGGAUUGCAAAGAAAUUGGAUCGUAUCUUUGUGGAGAUAAAAUUGUAGAUGUCAUUGCUCUGCAUCAAGAACAGACUGGAAGACUAAUUUCUUUGAUUGCUUGUGAAGGACGUAUGAUAAGAGUGUUAGAACAUGGUCGUGUUACCCUUAGUAUGGAAAUUGAUAGUGCUCCUACAGUCCUUUUUGUUUUUGAGCAAGACGAAGAGAAGAAUGUCCUGUUUGGAACGGUAGAUGGAAGAGUGGGAGUUUUAGAUAUAAAGAAUUUGCAAGGUUUCGAAAGGUGGUUGGUAUCGAACGAGAAGAAUUCGAGCAGCAUUUCUUGUAUAGACAGCUACGACUUAACUGGAGAUGGCAACAAAAAUAUCAUCCUGGGAAAACAAGAUGGUAAUAUAGAAAUAUACAAUAUCAACAUUUCUGAUUCAAAUGACACUUCAAUUUUAAUAUUUCAAUACAACUGUAACGAGAGUGUUACUGCCAUCCAAUGCGGCAUUCUAAAUUCAAAAGGUUUGGAUGAAGUCUUAGUAUCAACGUACGCUGGAAGAAUUUUCAGUUUGACAACGGAAAAGAUCGAAAAAAAUGUGGAGAAAAAUGAACAAGGGGAAAACAUGAUAUUCUCGGCUGAUACUGCACAUAAAAUAUCUAAACUUAGGAGUGAAAUAGAAGAUUUACAAAGAAAAGUAGCUAAAGAAAGAGAAAAAUAUCAGUCGUCAACCCAAUCCAUUUUUGAUGAAUAUUCUGCUAUUCCUUUAUUAGCUGUGAAUGAUUCUUUCAUUUUAGAAAAACAGAAUGCUACUUACAAUUUAUCCAUCGAGGUCCCCACAGAAAUAGAUAACAUACUACUGCAGAGUAAUGUUAAAGUAGAUCUCUUAGAUGUGGAAAAAAAUUCUGCUGUGGUUAGUUACAGUGAUUUUUCAGCAGAUAGUGGCAACGCCCUUCUGGUAACUUAUCGGUGUCAAAUCAACACAAACCGUCUUGAGAUAAAGAUUCGCACAAUCGAAGGUUCAAGUGGCAUCUUUCAAGCAUAUAUUACACCUCUGGUUCAACCGAAAUGUAGCAGGGUAUGCAAAUAUGAAGUGAAACCCUUAUCGCACCAUUACAGGACACACAACAUAGAACAUUCCAACAACCUCAAUGUCUUGACAAUCAAGGGAAGCUUUAGUUUGGCUGAAAUACACGCGUGGAUCUUCAAAUGUAUACCAGAGGUUCCAGAAAAGCCACAGACAUCCCAACCAAAUGAUAUGAAUAGCCUGUUCUUCAAAUCUUCAUUCUUAGAGACAUCUUUACAAUGUUAUUACACGAAAGGACUAGCAACUUUCAAAUCAAACAAUAUCUCAACAAUCUCAAUAAUCAAGGAAUUUAUAAGCAAUGAAGCUACUAGAAAAAAUAUUAAAGUGGAAUUUUCUAUAGCAAUUGACGAUCAGACUAUAGACGACGUCAUCAAGGUAUUGGUUCCUAGUCUUCAGAAACAUCAAAAUUUCAAAAGAGAUCUAAUACUCUUGGAAGCUUUACAUGAAUUGGAACUCUCAGAAGCUGAUAAUGUCAGUUCCCUAACAGAAAAAUACAAGAAACUUUUAGAAGAAGAGUCAAACCUCAGAAAUGAAUCCAAUAAUAAUCCAGAUUAUUUAGAACGAUUAUACGGUAUUGUAUGUGACCUUUAUGCUGAUUACAAUAAAUUAAAAGGUAUAAAUAUUAAAUCACAGUUACCCAAAUUGAUGACAGUACUUGAAGAAGUAAAUUAUAAGAAGUUGCUUGACUUCUUCAAAGCAAAAAAUGAAUAACAUCUUGGGAAUAAAUCCUGUUUAUAAUUUCUGAAUGAAUAUAUUACAAAAUGAUUCUCAAAAGAUACUUAUUGGUCUGUUAGAAAUUUCAAUUGUGUUCUCAAUUAAAGAAAUAAAUACACUGAA